AUGCGAGCAAUUUCAGUUCAAAACGGGCAUGGCCCCGCGUCAGCCAUGUUCAUUGACGACACUGUGCCUGAUCCGGUGCUCAAAGGAGAUAGAAUAAUUGUUCGGGUCAAGGCCUUUGGCCUCAAUCGUAUGGAUAUAUGGCAACGCCAGCAAGCUUAUCCUUACAAGCUCCCCGAGGAAUCACAUGGAAACAUCAUGGGCGUGGAAUUCAGUGGGAUUAUUGAGCAAUUGGGACCAGACUGCUCAACAAGUACUUUCAAGGCUAGUGACAGGGUCUUCGGACUGGUUUAUGGUGGUGCUUAUGCGGAGAAAGUAUCCAUAUCAGAAAGAAUGUUAAUGCAUCUCCCCAAAGAAUUAUCAUUUGAAGAGGGUGCUGGUAUACCAGAGACAUACUUCACUGCCAGCCAAGCCAUUCAUCUAGUUGGCAACAUGGCGCCAAAGGCUAACGUGUUGAUACAUGCUGGAGCCUCCGGGGUUGGCCAAUCUGCCAUCCAAGUGGCGCGACUGGCAGGUGCCCAAAAGAUAUUCACGACAGCUGGUACACCUGAGAAGUGCGAACUAGUGAAAUCCCUCGGAGCUGAUUUUGCUAUCAAUUAUCGGGCGGGUGAAGACUUUGCAGAAGUCGUGUCCCGUGAAACAGACGGCAAAGGCGUAGACCUCAUUGUGGAUCUAGUCGGUGCUAAUUACUGGGCUCAAAACGUCGCUUCUGCAGCCGUUGAUUCUAGAAUCGUUAUCAUCGCCAUGAUGAGCGGCGGAAAGAUCCCAGAGUUCGAUAUGCGGCCGUUGUUGACGAAGAGGGUCUGGAUUUGCACGACUACAUUGAGGAUGAGAUCAGUCGACUAUCAAAUCGGAGUGAAGAAUUUCUUCGUGCAAAAUAUCCUGCCGGGCCUGGUGGAGAAAAAGAUCAAGGCUGUAAUUGAUAAAGUCUACAGCUGGAAGCAGAUUGGAGAAGCUCAUGAGAGGAUGGAAAACAAUCAGAGUGCCGGCAAAAUCAUUUGCAUUGUUGAUUGA